AUGGCGGCUCACGCAGGCGUGGGUAAUGCGGGGAUUUUUUUCGCGCUGACCCUUACGACUGAUCAAACGCUUUUUCUCCUUUACCACAAAGACAGCUACGCAGACAACCCGGUGAUGCUGCGCAGCCCCAAGCCCAUGGUGAUGCGGGACGUCUUCUUGACAAAGGCCUCUAGUCUUUUCCCAAACCCAUUAUCCUGCGUAUACGUCCACAAGACCUCUGAUGCUGUUAUAAAUAGUUUGGCAUCGUGGUUUGUGGUGAAGCCUAUUGUGGAGAUUAUUGGGUGGAAAUCCGGGUUGGCGCUUUAUGCAGGGGCAGGACUGUUCAGUAGUUUUGCCUACCUGUUCAGUGGCCAGCUCAGCCCCACGAAGCUUAACACACGCUACGAUUGCUGUGCCACGUCUAAUGGGGCAGUUGCAGGUUUUGCCGCACUAAGUUUGGCUUUGCCGAAGUGCUACAUUCCUGGAAGCAGGCGUGUUCCCGUGUACUACGUUGGUAUUCCUUACAUGUUGAAGUGCACCUACGAUGAGUAUAUAGCACCCAAGUUUUUAGAAAGUAGGGAUCCGGGCGCAAUUGAGCUCCGGAAUUGGGGGUUUGUUGGAGGCGUAUUCUUCGCCAUGAUGUUUUCAUCACUGGUGCUGAGAACACGCACGGAUUUUGGGAGUAUGAAAAUUUUCUGGGGAAAUAUGAGAAAUCGUUCCUUGUAG